AACUUCUAAAAAGUAAAUUUUAAUUUUGCAGUCUCUUACUUGACAAUAAGUCUUUAAUUACCCCGUCAUUCAGGAUGCCCAAAGGUAAGACAGCUGCAAAAUCCGCAGAAAAAAAUUGCGAUGCCCAAAUUGGACUAGAUGACGACACGUUUGAUUCGGAAGGAUCUGGAGCUGCAGAAGUUACUCCGAUACAAUGCUCAGCACUCCGCAAGAAUGGCCAUGUAAUGAUCAAGAAUGUUCCGUGCAAAAUUGUCGAGAUGUCAACCUCCAAGACCGGUAAACAUGGCCACGCUAAAGUUCAUAUGGUCGCCAUAGGGGUCUUCGAUAAAAAGAAGUACGAAGAUAUCUGCCCUUCUACUCAUAACAUGAAUGUGCCAGUUAUCAAAACCACUACAUAUACGCUAGUGGGUAUUGACGAGGAUGAUGAACGUGUGGAUGUGAUGGACGCUACCGGUACCACGUUGGAUUUUAAGCUGCCUGAAGAUAUUAAAGCAAAGGACCUGAAAUCGGCAAUGGAUGACGGAGAGGUGGAAAUUCAGGUCAUGAGAGCGUGUCAAAGAGAAAUGGUGCUUGGAUACAAGGUAUUGACCACUAAAUGAAUUGGCAGCCGCACUAUAGGACUAUUGUACAUUAAUAAUCUUAAAACGGAAGAAUUUUUUGGAUCCCACAUCAACAUUGAAAAGAACUUCUGCAGCCUAAAUUUGAGUUAAUGAUUGUUAUCUUCGUUCGAUGUGGUCUAGUUUUGCACUAAAUCUUUCUGGCGGAAUAAUAUCCUGCUAAUCGGAGUUGGAAAGUUCUGCCAAUCAUGCUUCAUUGAACAUUAUAUCAUUAGAUCUUUUUGGCAGAAUAAUUCCCUACUAAUCGGUGUUGGAAAGUACUGCCAACCAUGUUUCAUUGAACAUUAUCAUGAUUAGGAAAUAGUACAGAAUUAGACCAGACUGCAUUUGUUCCAUUAUUCUGAAUUACUUGUCAUUUACUUUUAUGUUUGGUAAUUGUCACGAGGAUUUGUUUUGAAUGAUAUUAUACAUUUUUAUCAAAAAUGAUCUUAACUGGAAUUAAAAUUUUUGAAAGGAUAUAAUUUGACUGAUACGCGUGUGUUUGUAAAGUCUUUUUUAAAUUGCAAAGGGAAUUUUUGGAUGCAAUAUUUAGUGUACAUGAGUUUUCAAUGUAUACUGAGUAAAGUAAAACAAACCUGGUUAAGAUAUGUUGAAACAGACCUCAUAAGAAAAUUUAAAUGCUAUGAACACCCUGUAUUAUUACCACGUAACAAUGUGUGAAUUUAUUGAAUAUUUAAAAAUUAUGGUGUAUUAGAAAUCUGUCUGGAGAAUAAUUUUGAUUUUGGAAUUUCUGAAUCCGAUUCAUUUUGUUAAAUAAUAAAAUAAAUUGAUUUUAGUCUGUAAGAUUGUGUUACAAAAGUUAAGUCUCUACAGAAAAUAAAACGCUGAUUCCAAAUUCAUAAUCAUUAUAAAUCAUUCCUAAACAGCAUUCUUUAGAAAUUGUAUUUCAACUAAAAUUUACGAAUGUCUAAUUCUUCUUGUGCCAGUCUUUCUUUAUGAUUAUCUGCCAAAUAAAUUGUUUCAAUGUAGUGUUGCUGUGUGUCAUUCAUAAAGCCUACGUUUCAUCGUGCUUUCACUAUAGGGUGUUUAUCCAGUUUGCGAUCAACUCUUGUCUGCAGUGCUCUGCACCAUAUUCAGUUCUAAAAGUGCGUUUAACUCUUCUCGUUUUUUUAAGAAUUUUGAUAAUUAUGGAAAUAUUGUCAGAAAAAGCUCGAUUCGAACCAAAAGCGCUGGUUCGACAGGAAUGCAAGUACAAGUGUACAAAAGAUUACUGUCAGAUUGCGUUUAUUGCUUCUGGAAUCGGGAACAAGUCUUCAUUAUAAUCUGCACUAAAGCUACAGUUUUUUUAAUUAUUUUAAUAAAUGCGCAAAAAAAAUUGAUAACCACUUAUUAGUGAGCAAAUUUUGUCGAAGUUGUGAAAAGUUUUGGAUUGAGUGAUUAGACCUUAAGGUCGAUGACUUAUUUGAUCGCAAAGUGGGUAAAUAACCCUAUACUGCUAACUGAUUUGAUUAUACCGACCAUUUGUUAAUAUAUCCGCAUAUAAACUUCUCAAAUAAAUUAUCGCAACCUGAUUAAACACUGAUAUUAUUGUAAUUCAUUUUUCUUCCGCUUGAGUGCGUUUUGUUCUCUUGGAGGGGCGUAGUCCUAUCAGUGAGGUCAGAUAGAUAUUUCAUACUUUUUGAAAAUUUUUAGACCCGCGGUUCCCAAAUUUUCACAGACAAAUAUGUUCCAAGUCUAUCUUUUUUGUUUCAUCAACAUUUUGAUUUUCUUCAAAAACUUUCUAAAUGAGUCACAUAAAUGAAAGAAAUCUCCGUUAGUUUUUUGUUUUUUUAAAGUCUCAUUUUAGGGUUGCCAGUUUUUUGGUGAAUACAUAAAAUUUUCUUGCAACCCAUUAGAAGGUAUUUGGUGGAUAAGGUAGUAUAGAAAAGUCUGAUGUUUUAGAAAUCCAUUCGUAUCAGAUUACACAAUGUUCCAAAUUUCUGUUUUUGAUUAUUCUUCUCUCUGUUGAUAAAGCGCUGAUUUUUUGUUCGAUUUUUCAACCCUCCGACACCCCCCUUCCCCGUUUUAAAUUUUGUGUAAAUCAAUCUGUUGGAUUCGUUGAUCUCAGCUAUUGUUUGUUUAAAAACAACUGGAAGUCAGGGAUGAUAUAGAAGUGCAUUCUCACACACGGUGAUUAAUUCCAUAACAGUUACGUCUUGAAAUCAAGAAUAAAAUGAAAAUUAGGACAAACUUUGGUGCUCUCGAAGUAUUCGUACCAAUAUGGGUUGUUCAGGUUAUGUGUCAUCUUGGUACGAAUACUUCCGGAGCGCCCAAACUUUAUAUGGUAUUCCAAAUUUGAAAAUUAUGUUUUAUUGUAGUAUUCGGUCAUCCCGAAUUCUAGCUUGCUUCAAACAAACUUAUGGUGGUUAUGAGCAGGUGUGAAUGAUCUGAUCUGAAGAGCUGGCUGGAAAGUAAUUUGAGCCCUAGUAAAUAAGGAGGUCCAGAAAUUUGUUUAGCGCCUUGAAAAAAGUUGACAAAAAUAACUGUUUUCCAUAAAUUGGUCAUUUUUUUGAGUCAAUGUGUCAGAUUUGGCGAAUUAAACUUUGGUAUUUGACCUAUAGCCUAAUAGAUUUAUUUAUAAUAUUCAAAUGCAAUAUAAUACCAAUCACUUUUAUAAGGAUAAUCUGUGAAUGCUAUUUUGAGUCUGCGGGCAAUUUCUAUCGUGGCGUUUCCUUGCAUAAAUCUGGUUUCAAGAACCUUUUUUAUUGGCUAUUACCAUCUUACUGUGACAACCAAAAGAAAUUGUAUUAGGAGUGAAAAAAAACCGUCAUAGCACCCCUUUCCUGAGCCCCGAGCUGACCUUUUUGACUGGUUCAUAUCUCGGUCCUUGUAAGUAAUUAUCAAGCUUUAUCUGAAAAGAUUCAGCCUUUUCAAUUUUCCAUGACCAUAAUAUUUUUGUUUUUCAGCAUUUGUUGUGCUGAUUCCGUACAAUUUGAAUCCAUUCUAACCCAAAAAAUCAAUAAAGCAUAACAGCCAGAAUUAUCCCCCCUGUAUUUGGAUGCAGAAAAAUCUGUUUAUAUUCGAAACUGGUAUUUUAAAAUUAUCGAAGUAGAAUUUCCAUAUAUACAAGUUAAGUCUUAUCAGAAGCCUUGUUCAGAGCAGAUAUUUUGUGCUGAAAAUUGAUUUUGUCAGACAGCAAUUUUAUUAUGCAUUGCCAUAUAAAUAAUUCUGACGAGUCAUGCUUCAUUUCUUUUUUGGUGGGAUGGGUUAUCAUUACAGCAAUUCUGUUUUGCUUCGUUGCUUUUCAUCUUGUAUUUUUGCUGCCAUGUUAUGGGUGAAUCAUUUGGCAUUGUGGUGCAACAAUUCCGUAAUGAAUUUUAUAUGAAUUAAUAAGAAUAAUUCCAUUUUAACCAUAGGAACAAUGUCGCCAAAUUUGACAGCAUUAGCUCCCUCUGGUUUGAACAGGAUUAUUCCGCAAAUUUACAUGAAUUCAUGAAUGUAGUACAAUAUCAGUUCAGUUGGAAUUUAUUUCGUUAAGUAUGGCCGUACAUGGACUUUAACUCAUUUUUACGGUUCAUUGAUGUUUCAUGCUUGACUGACCACAGGAAAUUUGUUUUACAGUUUGAAUAUUUCGGCCGAUAUAUUUUGUUUAUAUGCUUGUUGUGAUCCAAUAUUUUUUCGUGGUGUUUAUUUUCUGGUGUUAAUUUUAAUUUUUACCCUGUGAGAGUGGAAAGCUGAUCAGACGGUUCUUGUGUAUUUGAAAAUAUUCUCGUGGCAAACUGGGCAAAUUGAUUAAAACGUUCUUUGCAAAAAGGACAUUUUUUAGUAAAAUCAUCUGUAUGUUUUUAAAAUGCAAAUGCAAUAUGUCUCUACAACAGUGGUUUCCAACCUUUCAUGGCUAGUGACCUCCUUCUGGAGGCUUUCAGCACUCGUGGCCCCUGUUCAUCAUUCCAGUAGUAUUUAUAGCGCUAUUUUGAUUAGUAUAUUCUAAAUUCUAUCGUCAUUGAACAAUCCAUGCUCAACAAAAUGUGAAAAAACUUUACCAAGUAUUUUGUAAAAGGAAAAUCAGUUUUACGCCUUUGUUUUGAGUGAAAGUAAGGCUUGGAUGGUACUGAAAUGUGCUGAACUUUUUUUUAUAUAUAAAUUGACUAACCAAAUGCUAUUAGUCGUCUAAUCAACUUUCCACUCAUCCCAGGAUCCAUAAAAGGUAGAUCCAAAAUGCUUUUGUGCCCAAAAAUGUUUUUUUGUGAAUAAAAGAACAGUUUUCCGAUUAUUGUGCAUUGGACUUAGA